AGAAUGUAUUCAAAUUUGUAAUACAUUAUGAACAACAACGGGUUCAUCCUUUCCGGUGCUACUAUUAAAUAGACAACUGUGUAGACAACUAAACCAAUUUUGUUUUUCGCCUGGUAGAGACGUGUUGUUUAUUUUGACAACAAAUGUGUCAACAAGAAUAUUUAAUUUAAAUUUUAUUGCUAUGAACUGCCAAGGACAACUGAUUUAGAGUUCUUUUUAUAAGUUUUCAUGAGUUAGAUGAAUUUAUCUGCAAAAGUCUAAUUUAUAGAACUCUAAACAAUUAUGAAUAAAGAGUUAAUUGACAAUUUGUCUUCUGCGGUAUCUAAUGGUCGUACAGAUAUUGUUCGCACAUUAUUAAGCGUGUUUGAAAAUGGCACAACUCCAAAUAUACCUAAGAUAUCAUGUGAUGAAUUGCUAUCAGAAGCUUGCAAUCCAUCUGGCACACUUUUACACCUUGCUACAAAACUUGAUCAUGUGGAUAUUGUAAGGACGCUACUGUCCUCUGGUGCUAAUCCAAACAUUGAAAAUACCAUUGGUGAAACUCCAGUUGAUCUUAUUCAAUCUCAGAGAAUGACAGCUGUCUAUAUUGAUGAGCUUCUAAAGUGUUCUGCAAAAUCUGAAUUUGGGAGCCUCUCCUAACAUAAUAAAUGGACAAGGAGUUACCCCUUUGCAUGAAGCAGUUAAGAGAAAAAAUUUAGAAAUUAUCAAGUCCCUUCUCAUUGCUGGUGCUGAUCCUAUGUACAAAUGUUCCUCUGGAAAAUAUUGUGAUAAGACGCCUUUAGACCUAGCUGAAAGUAAUCAAAGUUUGUUAGAAUUAUUUUCUGAAUUUGUUGUUGGAGAUUCAGAAUCAGAACACAGUAACGAAGCGGUACCGUCUGAACAUUCUUCUAAGACAACUUUAGAUGACUUGAAUUCAUCUCUUAUGUCUUUAACAGCUUCUGAAGUGCCAAUUAAGAAUCUUUAUACACCUCAACCUAUGCAUAUUCCUCCUUUUUUCUCAACACCGUUGCCUUUAAUAACUGAUAGUAAACUUCAUCUCUUAUGGCCUCAACCACAGAAAAUAGUUCAAACAGAUGGAGAAGCUUUUAAAAUUUUAUCAAAGUGUACUGUCAACAUCAUUCAGAGUUCAUCAGAUAUAUCAGCAUUAUCAGCUAUAGAUGUGUGGGAUGUGCAUGCAGAACGCUUUAUAUCCUUUGGAUGUGAGUGCAGUGUUGAAAAUAUUCUUCAGUGCAAUUCUGAUUAUUCUGCUGACAUCAUUUGCCAUUUAAAUUCUCAACUCUUUCCUAGAACUGAGAGCUACAAGUUAAUAAUUUCUAAAGAACAAAUAAGAAUUUUAUCAUCUGAUGCAUAUGGUCUUCAUUAUGCUCUUUGUACUCUUGAACAACUUUUAAAUCUAUAUCGUGAAGAUGGGACUUUGCCCUCAAUAUUUAUCCAUGAUUGGCCACAACUUCAGCAUAGGGCAGUUCUUUUAGACUUUUCUCAAGGUUCUAGAAAACCUACUUUAGAAACUUUGAAAGAUUAUGUUAGAACAAUGUCAUCUUUAAAAAUCAAACAAAUGCACUGUUAUUUCAGGUAUGAACAAAGUCUUGGUCAUAACCUUCCAAUGUCUAACAGAGAAUUUAUUCAGCUAUCCAAGUUCUGCACAAAACAUUUUGUAAAUCUUGUCCCAGUAAUAGAUGUUGGUACUUCAGAAAAGCACAUAAAUGUAAAAGACUCCAUCACUGAGCCAGCUCACCAACUAAUGUCAUUAUUUUCUUCAAAGUCAAUUCAUAUAGGGCCAAAUUUUUCAAAAAUUAUUUUGCAUGAAAUUCUGAUGUCAAAAAACUCAAAAGUGAUAUGGGAUAUGUUGUUACUGCCAACAUCUACUGUUGUGUUUCUGUGUUACAAUGCAGCUCAAAAUAAUAAUGAACUGCUAAAGUUACUGCCUUUAAAUUGCAUUCUUGUUGAUUAUGGUAUUCAAGUUGAACAUGAUUAUGAACAUAGUGCUAAACUCGUCACUUGUGCUGGAUUUAAUGCUUGUAUUGCAACAAAUACUGCAUCUUGGGGAAGUAUUGCAGGAUCUCCGGAAACUGCAAUAUCCACUAUUCAUAAGGCAUCUAUUGCAGCAUCUGUUCAUGGAUCAUUUGGCAUGAUUAUUUCAGAUUUGCAAAUAUUACAACAUCAUCCAGCUUUCUGUUUUAGUUGGCCUGGUAUACUUUUAGGUCUUGGCUUGGCAUGGAAUAGUUCUGUGCAUGAGGAUUAUCUCCAUGCAAGAUUGUCUGAGUUGUUAAAUCUAUAUGUAUAUCAUGAUGCAUCUCAAGUGACAGGUUACCUAAAUGUUGAGCUUGGUAGAUUGGAGGCUUUUAUGCAUCAAUCAAUCUUCCAAAGUCCAAAAGAUUCAGCUCUGAACUCUUCUUCAUGCAAAGGAUCAGUUUUGCAUCAGCUCUUAGUUGAUGCUGAUUCAGUUCUACUGGAUAAUUUCACAUUUGAGCUAAUUCAGCAAGUGAUUCGCCAUAUAAAAAAGUUUGAAUUAGAGCUUCAAAAAGCCACUCCAUCUUGCUUCCAGCAUGGAGAGCUAAUACUUGAGUUGAGGCUGGCCAUGGAUCUUCUUUUGUUCACCUGCCGAUUAAGUAAAGUUAUGGUUAGUACUGGUCUGAACCCAACUGCUAACUCAUGUGGAUUAGCUGUGAUAAAUGUGGGAAUUAGUAAUCUUCCACCUAUCUCAAGAACAGAUCUAGCAAAUAGAUUGUUGGCUCUAAUCGAACAAUUCCGAGCAGUCUGGUUGAGUAGAAACUUACCGUGUGGUCUCCAAGUGUCUUUAUGUAUGUUCAAUACAUUGUUGUCUAAACUUAUUCCUGAAAAUGACAAAUCUUUAUUUUCUGUUAAUGGUGAAGUGCUUUUAUUGCAAGAUAUGUAUUCUAUGAAUGGAAUGUUAACAAAGUUCAAUUGAAAUAUUUAUAGGAUAUUUUUUAUUAAAACUCGGAUGACAAUGUUAUUAAAAUAAAGUAUUUAUUUUGUUUACAAUUUCA